AUGUUCGCAUUUGUCAGUACUAAUAAUACACUCGUUAAACUCAAUAUAGAAGACAUUUUAGCCAUUCAACAACUCUAUGGAAGUAAAAAUAUAAGACCAAUAACAACUAUUACAAAACCACCAACCAAAAGUACGACGACGACAACGACGACAACGACGAAUAAACCCGACUACGUAGAUCUUUGUAAUUUACAAUAUGUGGAUACCGUGUUGGUACUACAUCAUCAAAUAUUCAUCACGUAUCAAUGCUACGUAUGGUCAAUAAAUAUAAACAAUAAAAAAUACGACGGACCAUUCGUACUAAAUAGCUACAUGAAUUCCCUUCCAAAAAAUUUCACCUUAUCCGCCGCAUAUCAAAGGUCCUCGGGUGAAAUAGUACUGUUCGUAAAUAAUAUGGUUUACAUGGUCGAUUAUACCAGUUUCAAAUUAAAAGACGAUUGGCCAAAACAUCUCUCGAGUCUAGCAUUUCCCACGAACGCUUUGAUUAAUAUCGUAAUAAAUACCAACAGAGGACAAACCUAUGCAAUCUUCGAUGAUCAUGAUGUGGCGCAGGUAGACGAAUGUAGCAUGAGUAUUCGUGCGUGUCACACGUUACAAUUAGUAUUCCCAGGAAUACCGCCAGCUCUGACCUUGGCCUUUCGACACAUCGACGGUAAUAGACAUCAAAUCGCACGUCAUCCUAUCGUUCGCAUUCUCGAAAGAAGAUAUCCGUUAACUGUGACUGGCUACAAAUACUUGAACAUCGGUAUCAAUGUCAAAUUCCCUUCUUACGUAAACAUCAUUUUGGGAGAUUGUCACAGCAAAGAGGUUCCACUUUCAUUCCAUUUUCCCGACAUCUGGAAAGAGCUUUUCAAACAAAAACGGGUCAUAUUGUCCCUUCUGCAGUAUGAUGAGAAUAAAGGGAUACGUGCGCCGUCCCCAAUGUAUAUUGGAAAUCUAACGUUACGCUACGGACGAAUCAACAAUCUACCAAUACUGCGUCUAGAAACAAGUACAGCUCGUCUAUCCAUGUCGAAAAGCACCGUGCUCAAUAUGUUUAAUCUCGAACACUGUGUAAAUAGUCUCAUUUCCUCCUUAACUGCAAUAGUCGACCAAAAAUUCUCACGAUUUCUCGAUAUCGCGUCCACUGUCACGGAAUCUGCGAACAUGCUGAAAACGAUUUAUGAUGACAAAUCCUUCGACCGCAACGAUAUCAUCGAAUGCGAGUUGAUCGCUCUGGUCUUCGGAGAGAAGAUAUGUGGCGAGGCAAUAUUACGAUUAAAGGUUUUAUCAACCACGAGCACCGUCGUUUUACACGCGCUGAAAGGCGGUGGUUCUACGAGGAGAUGGUAUACCGAAUGUGACAAGAUGGAAAAAUGCACCUUAAAGAAUUAUUCGGGAUGA